AUGGCUGCAUCCGCGAGUGCUGGAGGGACGCGCCGGCGCAGUCGCCGGAGGCUGGGGCCCGAUAGGCAGCAGGGACGCGGGGUACGCCGCGGGCCGGGGGGCGGCACAGAUGGGGCCCUGCAGCGGCUAAAGCUAGUGGUGAAGGAGUUCGUGCAGGCGAGCUCCGAGGGCGAGAUCCCCGGCGGCCCCGCGGGGCCCCGGACGGGGGGGCGCGUGCGGCCGGGCGGGAGGAAAAGCCGCAGGGAGCUGAGGAAGGAGAAGCGGCACCUGAAGAAGGCCAAGGGCGCCCGGGCCCGCGCCGAGGCCAGAGGUCCCCCCGGGACGACCAGGCCCUCUGCAGCUGCCGCUGCGGCUCGGAAACGGGCCCUUCUGGCGGCCAACGAGGAGGAGGACCGGGAGAUCCGAAAGCUGGAGCGAUGCCUCGGCUUGAACAAGCGCAAAAGGAAGGGUGACGGUAGCUCCGUGCCGCUUAGCUUUGCCCGCGAUGGGCUCGACUACAUCCUGGGAGCCCUGGAAUCUGGAAAAAAUAGUGGCUUGUAUGAGAGCAGCAGUGAGGAGGAGGAGGAUGCCGGACAGACUCUCCCCGAAAGUGACUUAGAGAGUGGCACCGAGGGUGAAGGGGAGGAGGAGGAGGAUGUGGAAGAAGAAAAGAACAAGCUGGGAGCACAGGUCGAGGAAGAGGAUGUACAAGAGGAUGAGCAAAAAACAGCAGAAGGGAGAGCCACGUGGGAAAGGAACAAAAAGAGAGUCCGUUUUGCAGAAGAAAGGAGUGAACCUUCCUCUGAGGACUCUGACUUAGCAGAUCAGCAGAGUCUUUGUGAAAACAACGGCAAGUACAUCCCCCCUCACGUGAGGCAAGCUGAGGAAAUAGCGGGUGGUCAGAAAAAGGAGGGACUGGAGAGACUGCAGAAACACGUCAGAGGUCUGAUCAACAGCACGUGUAAUGCCCGGGCGCGAGGUGGGAGUCUUGUGACUCCCACCUCCUCUCCUCCAUCCCCUUUGAACCAAACUGCCAGGCAGGAUGUGCUCUCCUCAAAGAUGUCUUACUCCUCGCCGUCUCUGUUUUGCAGGCUUGGGCUGAAGGACCAGCAGGAGCGGGAGAUCGUUCAUGUUCUCAUGGAUUGCUGCCUUCAAGAGAAAACCUUCAACCCUUUCUACGCAUUCCUGGCUGGCAAGUUCUGUGAACACCACAGGAGGUUCCAGAUGACUUUCCAGUUCAGCAUUUGGGAUAAAUUUCGGGACUUAGAAAAUUUGCCAGCCACUAAUUUCUCUAAUUUGGUUCACCUGGUAGCCCACUUGUUGAAGACGAAAUCACUUCCACUUUCUAUUUUAAAGGUAGUUGAAUUCAGUGAAUUGGAUAAACCCAGAGUCCACUUUUUACGAAAAGUGUUACAUAUUCUCUUAAUGGAAACAGAAGUUGAAGACCUUGGUUCAAUUUUUGCAAGAGUGUCUGACAACCCAAAGCUGGGCUUGUUGAGAGAAGGUCUGAAGCUCUUCAUCAGCCACUUCCUGUUGAGGAGCGCACAGGUGAACACAAGUGUGGAGGAGGCCAGCAUGCUGAGAGAGAGGGCCGACCUUUCAACUAAGUUUCUGCAAGGCAAGGCUUCCCUGAGAAUGUAGUCCAGGAAAGGAGAGGAGCGGGUGGUCAUUUGUCUGAAACUGUCUUUUUAAACCCAAAAGGCUUAUUACUCGGACGACCAUGUGUGUAAGCUUGGUGGAGCUAGGCCACAGUCUGUUGUAUUUAAGAUACUAUGUUUUAGAUAGUUUUUAAAUUCAAGGUUAUAUUGUAUUUUUUAAACUGUUUUCACCUAUUUGUUGAACGGGGUGGGGAGAACGCAGGGAGGGAAGGACAGGCAGACGCCAAGCAGGUUCUCUAAGCAGAGACUGGCUGGGGUGCGGGUGGGAUCCCGUGUGUGAUGGUCUUAUUUUUUAAUAGACAAAUAGUCCACUAGAGGGUGCAGUUAUAAAGAAAUUGACGGCGUUUUUUAUCUUCGUUAUGUAUUGACUUAGAGUUCAAAAACCACCAGUUAAAUUGGUACCUGGUGUUUAAUUGAUUAUUUCAAAUACUGGGAAUGCAAGUGUGUUGGAAAAGUGAACAGUUGACUUAAGCCUUGCACACACCUGUACACUGCGUGGUACGUGCAGAAGCUUCCCACCGGCACUUGCCUAAAAUUUUGACAUGGCGAGGGACGCCUCCUGCGUGUGUCCGUCACUCACACUCAUCAGCUCCAGGGUGUGAAACACGGUACUAAGCAACUCUGAAGUCACCAGACAGAUACCGGAUGCGUGAUGGGUGUGCGUCUGAGCUAGGUUCUAGGAGGAGUGCGUGCGAAUAAAACAGAACUGCCGCUGGCGAGGAAUGGAUGUUUAUCUAGUGAAAGACACGCCCCACGAGUCCCGUCAACUCUGGCUGGUUCUGAGAAGGCAUAGAUCGACAAACGUCUGUUCUCCAGCUCUUAGACUUUGCUUCUCUGUCUUAAAUGCUGCGAACUUGAGUUAAAUGUCACCUCCAGUUAUUGAAAAGUCAUCAAAAUGUGUGUGUAGAGUAGGAUUUUCUGCAGCAUCCACACAUGCCCGGCAGCGCACGGUCCCGCAGAGCGGUCACUUGGCCUGAGUGAGGCCGCUCCCGCGCAAGCUCCCCUUUGUCGCAGACUUUCAAACACUAUCUUUAGGUGGCCCUACAGCAGUGUGUGUUUAGAAAUGACCACGUGAAGUCGUAAGCGUCUCCGUGUGCGCCCCUAAACUAAUGGCUCAAGUCUUGAACGCACAAGGAACACAGACACCUGUUUGCUGGCCUCCCCCGUGCCUGUCGACCCCACCGACGGCCACACCACACCCAUGCCUUCCAGCCGGUUCUGAAUCUCGUCCGCAGAGAACAGAGCGCGCUACCCGAGAGCCCCCACUUUCUCUGCGGGAGCGGUCCGUUCUAAUCCAGGUGCCUGCCUCCGCUGAAAGCCAGCACAGCGUCCUGCAUCCAGAAGUCUGGCUCGGAAGAAAAAUGCACCAGUCGAGCUAGACCGCGUGCUUACUGACACAGUCGACUUGCAUUUGGUGCAAGCUCCCACUUCCUCGAAGACUCACGGAACUGACCUGAGGCCAGUCACUGUGGGGGCGGCCACUAAGACCGAGAAGGACGGUCCCCCCAUCCCUGACGUUCACUGAACCUAGUUGGGGGCGUGGCUGAGCUCAGGCCGGUUUUUUGCAGAAGAUAAACUUGUGUCAACUGAAUUUUUAUUUUUAUAUUGUCUUUUAUUAUUAAAACAAUAAAAAUGUUUUUCUGCCAUGGAAUAUACUUGUGACUUAA